AUGGACUCCCUCGGAACGCUUCUCCUACGCGACGACGUAAUUAAUCUCUGCGCGCAGUCCGUCUCCCUCCUAGAUCGCGUCUCGCUCUGGUGGCGCCAAAUCGGCCUUUCGAUGUUAGACCCUUCCGAUAUAGUCGCAGCCGCGGCUUUCGACGCCGUGGGCCGUCUAUUUUCAGAAUUCGCGACGAAAAAAAUGAGCAGAAUCGCGGCGCAACGGCUCGUUCCGACGGAAUCCUCCGCCGCGGUGCGCGCGCAGCUGGUGGUUGCGCUGACCGGGCUAGUCUGGGGGAAGCGGGACAUGCUAAUUGCGCGCGCCGCCCUGCUCACUCCCGACGCGUUCCGCUCGUCGAUCUAUCCGCUUGCGUACGCCGCGCGGGCGUAUGCGACGGGGCUAGUUGAUGAUUUAAGAAUGAUGUUGAAUCCUCAGGAGGAGGGCGCGAGGAGGAGACGAAGCAGCGCCGUUUCCGUGGGCGCGACAAGUGAUGCUGGCGAUGGGUUGGGUGGAUUCGGGGAUGAUUUGCUAGGCCUGGGGGAUUUCGGCGGUGUUGGGGCGGGAAGAGGAGGCGAGGGCGAGAGUAGCGGGAGCGGGAUUGGUGGACUUGCUUUGGGAGAUUCUGCUGCUGAUAGUGGCUCUGGCAAAGAAAAAGGGGACGGGAAGGACGCAAAGAAAAAGGGCAAGGACAAAAAAGCAUCGUCAGCAGCAACAGCAGGAGGAGGGUCAGGGAGAGACAGCAAGAGUGGAAAGGGAAAGGAGGAGCCCAGCAGCAGCAGCAACAGCAGCAACGUGGGAUCGCGUCGUUCCUCCUCCUCUUCCACUGCAGUAGCCACGACUGUAUCUUCAGAAACAGCCGCAGCAGCUGCAGAGGAGCGGAAAGACCUAGUGAACACAGAGCGCAUGCUCGGCGUCGCGGAUAUAGUAACGCACCUCUCGCCAUACCUCGCCUCUCUAGACCCAUCCAUAGUCUUCGAAGUGGGCCUGCAGAUUCUCGCUCUCGCGGCCGUGCCUGGGGGGAAACCGGAGUGGGCGACAGGACCUGUGACCGCGUUCCUCUCGCUUUGGGAUCGGCAGGAGUACUCAGCGGGACGAGAGGCGAUAGUUAAAGCCGUGGUGUCGAACCUCCCUCUUCUAGACAUACACACCCAGGCGGCGCUCUUCAAGCGGCUCCUGCUGAUGGUCCGAGGGUUGAGAGCGGAAGCGGAUCGUAUGGUAGCGCUAGCGAGCAUCUGCCGCGCUGCUCUUUGCGUGGAUCUGUUCUCUAAGGAAUCGGCGCGCAGGGGGCAGAGGCCAGUCACGGGCACGGACGUCUCUUCCCUCUUUGACGACCCGCAGAUUAAAGACGAGCUGGCGCUGCCAGUAGUGCCGAACGUCGAUGGAGCGGGGUUUUCCUUUGCUGCUGCCGCGGCAGGCAGAGGGGGAUCCCUAGCAGCAGUGGUUUCCGGGGAGGCAUCGUCUGGAGGGUGGGAGGCGUGGGGACAGACGGCACUAGAGGUUGUAGAGGUGUGCAGGCCGUGCGUGCGGUGGCAGUGUGGUGGGCGGACGUAUGCUGUGGACUGUUACCUGCGGCUGCUGGUGCGGCUGUGCCAGGUGUAUAACACAGCAAGCGGGGUGAAGAGUGCCAAGGAUGGGGCUACUCCGGAGCAGAUUCGCGCGGAGCAGAGGCUGUACACGCUGCAGAGGCAGCUAUUGGAGGACGCAAAAGAGCUCUCCUCCUCCACCCUGCGAGUGCGGCUCCUCUGGGUGCUAGCUGAGCACAUGUCCUUCUCAGGACCCGAGCCUCUCUUUCCAGACGACCCAAAAGACCCAGUCACCAUCAUCACCUCCCUCUUCCACCGAAUCCUCUUCUCCCCGGACGAUGCCACUGGAACCAUGCUCGCGGACGUUGUUGCGGGGGACGGGGGAGAUGGAGGAGUGGGGAGCGGUGGCAGGGGUGCGGCAGCGGUGGCGAUGAGUGGGAAUCGGUUGCAGGAGGUGCAGGCGAUUCUGGUGUGUGCGCUGCAUCUGGGCGCGAGGAGCUUCAGGGCGGCGGCGCUGGUGUGUCGGGAGGUGGAGGAGUUGCAGUCGGCGCCUGGGCUUGUGGAUAGUGCCACUCGCCACCGCUGCCGCAGCAUCCUGCAGUCGCUGGCUUACGUGCACCACUUCCCUGACCGCACGUGGGCAGUGCGCAUGGGGGCAACGGGCGAGUACCCCUUCUCCCACCACCGCCUCUCCGUGCUCUACAACAGCGCAGCGGCAGCGCAGGACCGCAAGCUCGAGUCCCUCGUCAAAUCCGCCGUAUCAGACCUCUCAGCUCCCUCCGCCUCUCCCGACGAGCUGCUGCAGCGGCAGCUGCAGCAGCAGCAGGAGGACCAGGGGUUGGACCCGGCUUUGAUUCCCGGAGGAGGCAUGGCCGGGAUUGCAGGGGCAUCAUCUGGGAUUGUGGCGGGACGGCAGGUGUCUGCGCCUGUGGCGAUUAACAUUACGGGGAGCAGUGACCUGGCGUAUGUGGAGGCUUUUCACCUGUCGGCCAUGACUGAGAGGAGGGUUACCCUCAGCGUGAAGGUGCUGAACAUGACAGAGGUGGUGUUACCGCGGGUGGACGUGCACGUGGGGCUGCUGGGUGCUCUGCGCUUCAUGGAUGGGGUGCCACGGGCCACUCGCCGCCUCAACCGCUUGCAGCCCCAGGAGCCCAUUUACUCCGAUGUGACCGUCUCAGUGACUCGCUUCCAGCGCAACGCCUUACAGCUCCACAUGCUCUUCUAUCACGGCACUCUCCCCAGCCCCCGCAACUCCAACAACCGCCGCUCCUCCCAUAACAGCCCAGGGGGAGGAGGAGCAGGAGUGAGUGUGCGUGUGGGUGUGCCGUACCGUGUGCCGCUCACAGACCUGCUCGUUCCGUACAGGUGCUCCCCAGUGGAGUUCUUCCGAGUGCUGCCGAGCCUGCCAGCAGUGGGCGAGCACACGGGCGCCUACCUCUACGACUCAACGCACUCCUCGCUCGUCCUCUCCUCCGACGACGUCGGCAUCCGCAGGCUGCUCGCCGGCCUGCGCGCCAUUGACUCACGCCCUGUCUUCAAAGUCGCCUCGCAUCUCAUCCGCAGCCGCGCAGGCUUCCAGGUGUUCUAUGCGGCCAAGACGUGGUUCGGGGACACGCUGGCCAUAAUAGUGUUUGGCACGAGUGACAUAGCGAGUGACGGCGGCUUUGCAGCCGACUCCACCACCAUGUUCUGCCGCUUCGUGCUGCGCUCCUCCUCCCCGCACGUCGUCAAUGAAAUUCUUGCCGCUCCCCAGGAGUGGCUCGAUGACCUCACAGGCGGGGCGAUACGGGCAGUGAGUGAGGAGGAGCUAGCAGCGUUCACAGCCACAAAGAAGAAGCGCCACGACGAGUCCCUCGAGCUCCUCAGCUCUGCCGUUCGCCCCGCCUCCAAGAGCAUUCCCCUUCCCGGCAUGUUUGAACCUGCGCCUGCGGAGGGGGAGGAGGCACCAGAGAUUCCGGUGAUUCCCGAGGAGGAGCAUGCCCUGCAGCUGGCGGUGCUGCAGGAGUGGAAUGCGCUGAGGGAGCAGCAGAAGCUGGUGAUUUCGUAG